CGCGCCUGCGCAGGCGCCUGUCCUCUUCACGCGCCCCGCUAGGUCGGCCUGUGGGGCUUCUCUCUCGUUGCGGCGGCGCGUGAGCGGAGCGGGAGCUGCGGCCAUGGCGGGACAAGCAUUUAGGAAGUUUCUGCCUCUCUUUGACCGGGUGCUGGUGGAAAGGAGUGCCGCGGAAACCGUCACCAAAGGAGGCAUUAUGCUCCCGGAGAAGUCUCAAGGGAAAGUGUUGCAGGCGACAGUAGUGGCUGUGGGAUCGGGCUCUAAAGGAAAGGAUUUCUAUAAUUGGCCUGAUGAAUCCUUUGAUGAGAUGGACAGUACACUUGCUGUUCAGCAGUAUAUUCAACAGAACAUAAGAGCAGAUUGCUCCAAUAUUGACAAAAUUCUUGAACCACCUGAAGGCCAAGAUGAAGGGGUGUGGAAGUAUGAACAUUUAAGGCAAUUCUGUCUUGAACUAAAUGGACUUGCUGUGAAGCUUCAGAGUGAAUGCCAUCCGGACACCUGUACUCAAAUGACAGCAACUGAACAAUGGAUUUUUCUCUGUGCAGCUCAUAAAACUCCCAAAGAGUGUCCUGCUAUAGACUACACUAGACACACGCUUGAUGGUGCUGCAUGUCUUCUGAAUAGUAAUAAAUAUUUUCCUAGCAGGGUUAGCAUAAAGGAAUCAUCUGUAGCAAAACUAGGAUCAGUAUGCCGUAGGAUUUACAGAAUAUUUUCACAUGCUUAUUUUCAUCACCGGCAGAUAUUUGAUGAAUAUGAAAAUGAAACAUUUUUGUGUCAUCGGUUUACUAAAUUUGUGAUGAAAUACAAUUUGAUGUCCAAGGAUAACCUGAUUGUACCGAUUUUAGAAGAGGAGGUUCAGAAUUCAGUUUCUGGAGAAAGUGAAGCAUGAAGGGAAUCAUACAGGAAAAUGUACUGAUCACAUAAUUAACAUUAAUUAUGUACUGUAUAUAUAUCAUUUUAGACACAUCAAUCAUGUAUCCAUAGUAUAGCUUCUUUGUCUAGAAUAAGUUUUUGUAUGCUGUGUGUUGCCUUUUAAAAUGGGAAAUACUUUUUAAGUUAUUCAUGAGCUGUAUAUUCACCAGUGUGGCACUCAUGGUUUUUUAAAUAAGAUUAGUAUUAUCUGUUUAUAAUGCUUGUUAAUAAAAGAAUUUACAGUUUGGUAAAA